CGCACCUCCUUGCCUCUGCAUGCACGCCUUCUUUCCUCUAAUAAUUUAUUUAAUUAUUGUAAAUGCAAAUGACUGAUUGGGGCAGUUUGUUACACAUCUUCGCGCGAUUACAAUGUUGAGCCGAAUUUGUGGGGAAAAGAAGAGGGAAAUAAAUAGGGAAUAAAAGAAAAAACUCGGCAGAAAACAGCCAAGACUUCAUGCCCCCGUUGGCGAGAUGGUUGAGUCCUCGUCAAGGUUGCUGUGGUAUCCCAGAAACACCAUUCACUCCGAGCUGUGACCGCGCACCAACUACAGCAGCAGCAGCAGCAGCCGCCUCAGCAGCAGCCUCAGCAGCAGCCACACUGCGCCUGGCCAAGGAAUAGGAAUUAACAAGCUUCAUGUGAAUAUGAAAGCAAUUCGGAGAAGGGAGUUGUAUGCCAGGGAGCCGGCAUUAGUAGAGAUCUUUAAAAGAGGAUGUAUUAAAUGCGAUCGAGUGGACAUCUUCCGCGCUAGAAAAAUGGGGAAUAAAACUGGAGUUAUAUUUUGGAACAUCAUCCUUUUAUUGAUGACCACAUGUGUGCAAGGGUUCAUUUAUACGUGUGGUGGGACUUUAAAAGGAAGAAAUGGGACCAUAGAAAGCCCCGGUUUUCCAUAUGGAUAUCCAAAUGGUGCAAAUUGUACAUGGGUAAUAGUAGCAGAGGAGCGGAACCGAAUACAGGUUGUCUUUCAAUCCUUCGCAGUGGAGGAAGAAUAUGACUUUUUGUCACUUUAUGAUGGCCAUCCACAUCCUGCUAACUUCAGGACGAGGUUGACAGGCUUCCAGAUUCCUCCCCCUGUCACCAGUACCGGGCCAGUCUUUUCGCUGAGGCUCACUAGUGACUUCGCAGUAAGCGCACACGGAUUUAAAGUUUAUUAUGAAGAAUUACAAAGCAGUUCGUGCGGAAAUCCCGGAGUCCCACCCAAAGGAAUUCUUUAUGGGACGAGAUUUGACGUUGGGGAUAAGAUCCGGUACAGCUGCGUCACGGGAUACGUUCUCGAUGGUCACCCUCAGUUAACCUGCAUAACCAACACAGGCAAUGCUGCUGUCUGGGACUUCCCAGUGCCAAUAUGCAGAGCUGAGGACACAUGUGGUGGUACUCUAAGAGGUGCAAGUGGGAUCAUUUCAAGCCCAAAUUUCCCCAAUGAAUAUUACAAUAGUGCGGACUGUACAUGGACCAUUCUUGCAGACCCUGGAGACACCAUCUCCAUCAUUUUUACAGACUUCCAGAUGGAGGAGAAGUAUGACUACUUGGAAGUUGAAGGGUCGGAACCACCGACAAUAUGGUUAUCGGGAAUGAACACUCCUUCUCCCAUCGUCAGCAGCAAAAAUUGGCUGAGGCUGCAUUUUGUAACAGAUAGCAACCAUCGGUACAGAGGAUUCAGUGCCCAGUAUCAAGUGAAAAGGUCCGUAGAUUUUAAAUCUAGAGGAGUUAAAUUAUUCCCAGGCAAAGACAACAGCAACAAGUUUUCUAUCUUGAAUGAAGGUGGAAUUAAACAAGCCUCCAAUUCGUGUCCUGAUCCCGGAGAACCAGAACAUGGAAAAAGGAUCGGAUCUGAUUUCAGUCUCGGAGCUACAGCUCAGUUCACUUGUGAUGAAGACUACGUGCUGCAAGGGUCAAAAAGCAUCACCUGCCAGCGUGUUGCAGAAGUGUUUGCAGCCUGGAGUGACCAUAGACCGGUGUGCAAAGUAAAAACGUGCGGAUCCAAUCUUCAAGGACCAGGUGGCACCUUCACAUCGCCUAAUUUUCCAUUCCAAUAUGACAGCAAUUCUCAGUGCGUCUGGAUAAUUACAGCUAUAAACUCCAAUAAGGUCAUUCAGAUCAACUUUGAAGAAUUUGACUUGGAAAUUGGAUACGACACGUUAACAAUCGGAGACGGAGGGGAAGUCGGCGAUCCAAGAACGAUCCUUCAAGUCCUGACCGGCAGCUUUGUCCCUGACCUGAUUGUCAGCAUGACAAACCAAAUGUGGCUACACCUUCAAACGGACGAAAGCGUUGGCUCCAUUGGAUUUAAAAUAAACUACAAAGAAAUCGAAAAGGAGAGCUGUGGUGAUCCAGGGACUCCCCUGUAUGGGAUUCGUGAAGGCAACGGAUUUUCAAAUGGAGACCUCCUCAGAUUCGAAUGCCAGUUUGGGUUUGAACUCAUUGGAGAAAGAUCCAUAGUGUGCCAAACUAACAAUCAGUGGUCGGCAAAUAUACCCAUCUGCAUAUUUCCCUGUUUGUCUAAUUUUACUGCACCCAUGGGAACGGUUCUCUCACCGGAUUACCCAGAAGGUUACGGCAACAAUCUGAAUUGCGUCUGGCUGAUUAUCUCCGAACCUGGCAGUCGGAUUCAUCUUGCUUUUAAUGACUUUGACUUGGAAUCUCAGUUUGACUUUCUUGCUGUGAAAGACGGGGAGAUGCCCGAUUCUUCAGUGCUGGGCACCUUCACUGGUGCCGAAGUGCCUUCUCACCUCACGAGUAACAGUCACAUACUGCGCUUAGAGUUUCAAGCGGAUCAUUCCAUGUCCGGACGAGGAUUUAACAUCACGUAUAGUACAUUUGGACACAACGAAUGUCCGGACCCCGGAAUCCCAAUCAAUGCCCGGCGUUUUGGAGACAGUUUUCAAUUGGGAAGCUCCGUGUCUGUUAUUUGUGAAGAAGGAUUUAUUAAAACCCAAGGAACAGAAACUAUCACUUGUGUUAUUGAAGAUGGAAAAGUAAUGUGGAGUGGGCCUAUACCAAAAUGUGAAGCGCCUUGUGGAGGUCAUUUUUCUGCUCCCAGUGGUGUGAUCCUCUCUCCGGGAUGGCCUGGCUAUUAUAAAGACUCGCUAAACUGUGAAUGGGUCAUCGAAGCAGAAGCAGGAAGAUCCAUCAAGAUAACCUUUGACAGAUUUCAGACUGAAUUGAAUUACGACGUUUUGGAAAUCCACGAUGGACCAAACCUGUUGUCUCCAUUAGUUGGGUCCUACAAUGGCACACAAGUCCCCCAGUUCUUGUUCAGCAGCAGCAACUUCCUUUACUUGCUGUUUACCACGGACAACAGCCGUUCAAACAGCGGGUUUAAAAUCCAUUAUGAAAGUGUUACAGUGGACACAUACUCCUGUUUGGACCCUGGCAUUCCAGUGAAUGGGCGCAGAUAUGGGCACGACUUUUCAAUUGGCUCCACAGUGUCAUUUGGAUGUGACCCAGGAUACAGGUUAAGCCACGAGGAGCCACUCGUUUGUGAGAAAAACCAUUGGUGGAGCCACCCACUGCCCACGUGUGAUGCGUUAUGUGGUGGUGACGUUCGUGGGCCCGGAGGUACAAUAUUGUCACCUGGAUACCCAGAAUUUUAUCCGAAUUCACUAAACUGUACUUGGACAGUAGAAGUUAGUCAUGGAAAAGGCGUGCAAUUCACCUUCCACACCUUUCAUUUGGAGGAUCAUCAUGAUUACUUACUAAUCAAAAACGGCAGCUUUACCCAGCCACUGGCACGGCUCACCGGCUCCGAACUCCCCGCUGCAAUCAAUGCCGGUCUCUACGGAAAUUUCAAGGCUCAGCUCCGCUUUAUUUCAGAUUUCUCAAUAUCAUAUGAAGGAUUUAACAUCACCUUCUCCGAAUAUAACUUAGAGCCCUGUGAGGACCCGGGCACACCUAAAUUUGGCAAGCGUCUGGGCUUCAGCUUUGGCAUUGGAGACUCCUUAACGUUUUCCUGCAACCUGGGCUACCGUCUGGAGGGAGCGUUGGAGAUCAUUUGCCUCGGAGGUGGUCGCCGGAUGUGGAGCGCACCUCUCCCAAGGUGUGUGGCUGAGUGUGGAGCUUCCGUGAUCAACAACGAGGGCAUUCUGCUGUCACCCAACUACCCUCUGAACUACGAAAACAAUCAUGAAUGCAUUUACAGCAUCCAAGUGCAAGCAGGGAAAGGCAUCAACAUUUCUGCCAGGACGUUUCAUUUAGCUCAGGGGGACAUUUUGAAGAUUUUUGAUGGCAAAGAUAAUUCCGCACAUUUACUGGGUGCCUUUACUGGCUCAGCAAUGACGGGACUGACGUUAAUCAGUACAUCGAAUCACUUGUGGUUGGAGUUCUACACCGAUGCAGAGUCCACCAGUGAAGGCUUUCAGCUCGUCUACUCCAGUUUCGAGCUGUCGCACUGUGAAGAUCCCGGAGUCCCUCAGUUUGGAUUCAAGAUCAGCGACCAGGGUCACUUCGCCGGCAGCACCAUCACCUACCGAUGUAACCCAGGGUACACCCUUCACGGGAGUAGCAUCUUGAAAUGCAUGACCGGAGAAAGGAGAGCCUGGGAUUACCCACUUCCUUCCUGCAUUGCUGAAUGCGGUGGCAGAUUCAAAGGUGAAUCAUCGGGAAGAAUCCUGUCACCUGGUUACCCUUUCCCUUAUGACAACAAUCUUCGAUGUACAUGGAUUAUUGAAGUUGAUCCGGGAAAUAUCGUAAGCCUUCAGUUUCUUGCCUUUGACACGGAGGCGUCGCAUGAUAUUUUAAGAGUUUGGGACGGUCCUCCAGAAAACGAAAUGCUUCUUAGAGAAGUCAGUGGGUCUCUGCUCCCGGAAGGCAUUCACAGCACCCUCAAUGUCGUCACAAUCCAGUUUGACACGGACUUCUACAUCAGCAAGUCGGGAUUUGCAAUUCAGUUUUCAAGUUCUGUUGCUACAGCCUGCCGUGACCCCGGUGUUCCAAUGAACGGUAGUCGAAAUGGAGAUGGGCGAGAACCCGGUGACACCGUUACAUUUCAGUGUGAUCCUGGUUAUGAGCUUCAAGGAGAAAUGAAAAUUACCUGCAUUCAGGUGGAAAAUCGAUAUUACUGGCAGCCCAGUCCUCCGGUUUGCAUAGCUCCUUGUGGUGGGAAUUUGACCGGAUCUUCUGGCUUCAUUCUUUCCCCAAACUUCCCGCACCCGUAUCCUCACAGUAAAGACUGCGACUGGACGAUAAUUGUGAACUCGGACUACGUCAUAUCCCUCGCCUUCAUCAGCUUCAGCAUUGAGCCAAACUAUGAUUUUCUCUACAUUUAUGACGGGCCAGACAGUAACAGCCAUUUAAUUGGCAGCUUUCAAGACAGCAAGCUCCCAGAAAGAAUAGAAAGCAGCUCAAAUUCAAUGCAUUUGGCAUUCAGAAGUGAUGGCUCCGUAAGCUACACUGGUUUUCAUCUCGAAUAUAAAGCCAAACUCCGAGAAUCCUGCUUUGACCCUGGGAAUGUAAUGAACGGCACGCGAUUGGGCAGCGACUACAAACUUGGAUCUACGGUCACCUACUACUGCGAAGCGGGUUACGUUCUUCAGGGAUACUCCACUCUCACCUGCAUAAUGAACGAUGACGGACGGCCAGGAUGGAACAGAGCGUUACCUAGCUGUCAAGCCCCAUGUGGAAUUCGGUCAACUGGAUCUGAGGGAACCGUACUUUCACCAAAUUAUCCAAGGAAUUACAGCGUUGGUCAUAGCUGUGACUACUUUAUAUCGGUACCCCGGGAAUUUGUUAUCUUUGGACAGUUUGUCGUUUUUCUAACGUCCCUCAACGAUGUAGUAGAAGUGUACGAUGGCCCAUCUCAACAAUCUUCACUCUUGUCCUCACUUUCUGGUUCCCAUUCAGGGGAAUCACUCCCGCUAAGCUCAGGUAACCACAUCACCAUCAAGUUUACGACUGUCGGCCCGGUAACGGCUAAAGGAUUUCAUUUUGUUUAUCAAGCUGUUCCACGGACAAGUGCAACGCAGUGCAGCUCUGUGCCAGAGCCAAGAUUUGGAAAAAGGAUUGGAAAUGAUUUUGCUGUUGGCUCAGUGAUUCUGUUUGAAUGCAAUCCAGGCUACACUCUGCAUGGAUCAACAGCAAUUAGAUGUGACUCAGUUCCCAAUGCUUUGGCUCAGUGGAACGACUCGCUGCCCACUUGCAUCGUACCCUGCGGAGGAACGCUGACGAAACGCAGAGGAACCAUUCUCUCCCCAGGUUACCCCGAGCCCUAUGACAACAACUUGAAUUGUGUGUGGAAGAUCACCGUGCCGGAGGGAGCCGGUAUUCAAAUCCAAGUUAUAAGUUUUGCAACAGAACAUAACUGGGACUCUUUGGAUUUCUAUGACGGAGCAGAUAACAACGCCCCCAGACUUGGCAGCUAUUCAGGGACCACCAUACCACAGCUUCUAAACAGCACGUCCAACAACCUGUACCUGAACUUUCAGUCAGACAUCAGCGUGUCGGCGGCUGGAUUUCACCUGGAGUACACAGCAAUAGGUUUGGAUUCCUGUCCAGAACCUCAGAGUCCAAACAAUGGAAUGAAAGUCGGUGACCGCUACAUGGUGGGAGAUGUGGUGACUUUUCAGUGUGAUCAGGGUUACUCCUUGCAGGGGCACACACAUAUUACAUGUAUGCCGGGUCCAGUUAGAAGAUGGAAUUAUCCAGUUCCGAUGUGUUUAGCCCAGUGUGGUGGUGCUUUAGUUGAUUUCAGUGGGGUGGUUUUGAGCCCUGGCUUCCCUGGAAACUACCCUAGCAGCUUAGACUGCACGUGGACAAUAAAGCUGCCCAUUGGCUUUGGUGUACAUCUUCAGUUCCUGAAUUUCUCCACGGAGACCAUCCAUGAUUAUCUAGAAGUGCGAAGCGGAUCCCUCGAGAUGGGAACUGUGAUUGGCAGGUUCAGCGGCCCACAAGUCCCAGCUUCGCUCUUCAGCACCACCCAUGAGACCAGCUUAUACUUCCACAGUGACUAUUCGCAGAACAAACAGGGCUUCCAUGUCACAUACCAAGCCUACCAGCUACAGAGCUGCCCUGAUCCGCGCCCAUUCCGCAAUGGCUUUGUGAUUGGAAGUGACUUCAGCGUCGGGCAGACGGUUUCUUUUGAGUGCCUUCCCGGUUAUUCUUUAAUUGGAGAGACGGCCUUAACAUGUCUACACGGUGUCAGCAGGAACUGGAACUACCCUCUGCCCAGAUGUGAAGCUCUGUGUGGCGGAAACAUCACAGCCAUGAAUGGCACCAUUUACUCUCCCGGGUACCCAGAUGAGUAUCCAAACUUCCAGGAUUGUGUCUGGGUUGUCCGAGUCCCACCCGGGAAUGGGAUCUACAUCAAUUUCACCGUUUUGCAAACAGAGCCGAUAUACGACUUCAUUACUGUGUGGGACGGUCCUGACCAGAGUUCUCCUCAGAUUGGCCAGUUUAGUGGCAACACCGCCCUGGAAUCCGUCUACAGCACGUCCAAUCAGAUCCUGAUUAAAUUUCACAGCGACUUUACUACCAGCGGCUUCUUCGUCCUCAGCUAUCACGCAUACCAGCUGCGAGUGUGCCAACCACCUCCACCCGUCCCGAAUGCAGAGGUGUUAAUUGAAGACGAUGAGUUUGAAAUAGGUGAUAUCAUCCGUUACCAGUGUCUCCCAGGAUUUACAUUAGUCGGUAAUGAAAUUCUCACCUGUAGACUCGGAGAGCGCUUACAGAUGGACGGUCCACCGCCUUCUUGUCAAGUGCUGUGCCCUGCUAAUGACUUGCGGUUUGAUUCGACUGGAGUUAUUCUAAGCCCUGGUUACCCAGACAGUUACCCAAAUUUACAGAUGUGCUCCUGGAGUAUCACUGUGGAGAAAGGAUACAACAUCACCCUGUACUUUGAGUUUUUUCAGACCGAAAAUGAGUUUGACAUUCUGGAGGUUUUUGACGGAUCAAAUAUCCACAGCCCAGUUCUUGCUACCCUUAGCGGAGACUACAAUUCCCCUUUCAACGUAACGACAACUGGCCACCAGCUGCUGCUUCGCUGGGCAGCUGAUCAUGGCACGAACAAGAAAGGGUUCAGAAUCAGAUAUGUUGCUCUUUAUUGUAGCACCCCAGACUCUCCACCACACGGACUAAUCGUUAGCCAAACUGGAGGGCAACUUAACAGUGUGGUCCGCUGGUCCUGCGAUCGGGGGUACAGACUUAUUGGGAAGAACACAGCAGUCUGUAGAAAGACCCCUGAGGGAUAUUUUACCUGGGAUGCUCCCGUCCCAGCGUGCCAAGCUGUCUCCUGUGGCGUACCCAAGGCUCCAGCGAACGGCGGCGUGCUGACGACAGACUACUCAGUCGGUACGCGUGUCAACUACUUUUGCAAUGACGGCUACCGACUUUCUUCCAAAGAGCUCACCACAGCUAUAUGCCAACCUGACAGCACUUGGAGUAAUCAUAAUAAAAUCCCACGUUGUUCAGUCGUUACCUGCCCCAGCAUCAGCUCCUUCACCCUGGAACACGGGCGGUGGAGAAUAGUUAACGGCUCCCAUUACGAGUACCGGACAAAGAUCAUCUUUAGUUGUGAUCCUGGCUACUACCGCCUGGGACCGGCCUCGAUCCAGUGCAUGGCUAAUGGCGUGUGGAGCUGGAGAAACGAGAGACCACAGUGUCAGAUUAUUUCGUGUGGUGAACUACCCACUCCUCCAAAUGGUAAGAAGAUCGGCACGCAGACCACCUUUGGAGCAACGGCUAUUUUUACCUGUGAUGCGGGGUUCAUGUUGGUUGGAUCAAAUGUAAGGGAGUGUCUCUCUUCUGGAUUGUGGAGCGGCUCAGAGACAAAGUGCUUAGCUGGACAUUGUGGCACACCAGAACUCAUAGUGAAUGGCCAGGUGGUCGGAGAAAACUUUGGCUACAGGGAUACUGUGGUGUACCAGUGCAGCCCUGGGUUUCGUUUAAUUGGCUCCUCGGUUCGGAUUUGUCAGCAGGAUCACAACUGGUCGGUUCAACUCCCCGUCUGUGUGCCUAUCAGCUGUGGCCACCCUGGCAGCCCCAUUUAUGGAAAGACGAGCGGAAGUGGCUUCAAUCUCAACGACGUCAUCACGUUUUCCUGUAAUACUGGGUACAUUAUGCAAGGACCAACAAGAGCUCAGUGUCAGGCAAAUCGGCAAUGGAGUCACCCACCUCCGAUCUGUAAAGUGGUCAACUGCUCCGACCCUGGGAUACCAGCAAAUUCCAUUCGGGAAAGUAAAAUAGAACACGGAAACUUUACAUUUGGAACUGUCGUUUUUUAUGACUGCAAUCCGGGAUAUGUCCUGUUUGGCUCUUCGGUGCUGACCUGUCAGCCAACUGGUCACUGGGAUAAACCAUUGCCGGAGUGCCUGGUUAUUGAUUGUGGCAAUCCUGGUUUCCCGCCAAAUGCGGUCUUAACUGGUGAGAAGUUUACAUUUGGGUCAACGGUUCGUUAUUCUUGUGUUGGGGGAAGAGCUCUGAUUGGACAAUCGACACGGACCUGCCAGCUGAAUGGACACUGGAGUGCACCAAUGCCACAUUGCUCAGGUGAUCUUUCAGGAUAUUGUGGCGACCCAGGUUCUCCUGCCCAUGGUAACAGAGAGGAGAGUGAUCUUAAAGUCAGAAGUAAAGUACGUUUUACUUGUGAUACGGGGUACAUUCUCCAUGGAUCAUCUGAAAGGAUGUGUUUCCCGAAUGGGACCUGGUCGGGUCGACAGCCAGAAUGUAAAGCUAUCCAAUGUGGAAAUCCGGGGACCCCUACAAAUGGCCGUGUUUUUCGUAUCGAUGGAACUUCCUACUCGCACUCGGCCAUUUACUCCUGUAUGGAAGGCUACAUGCUGUCCGGUUCAUCGGUUCGCCAGUGCACAGCUAAUGGGACGUGGACUGGGAAUCUGCCUAAUUGCACGAUAAUCAGUUGUGGAGAUCCCGGAAUACCAGCAAACGGAAUGAGAUAUGGAGAGGAAUUUUCAGUCGGACAAAAUGUGACCUUCACGUGUCAACAAGGAUACACGAUGGAACCAAAACUUUCAAACAUACGGACGUGCACCAGCAACGGGACCUGGAGUGGAACGAUGCCAGCAUGCAAAGCUGUUGUAUGCCCAGCACCACCCGUAAUUUCCAACGGAGUUGUGGAAGGAACCAAUUUUGAGUGGAGCAACAGCGUCAGCUACAGCUGCUCUCCAGGAUAUGAACUUUCAUUUCCUGCUGUCUUAACGUGUGUGGGGAACGGCAUGUGGAGUGGAGACAUGCCUCAGUGUCUGCCAAAAUUCUGUGGUGAUCCUGGUGUCCCCGCACAAGGCACGAGAGAAGGAAGGAGUUUCAUUUUCCAGUCAGAGGUUUCCUUCAGCUGCAACCCGCCUUUUAUUCUCGUGGGAUCGAUGACACGAAUCUGCCAGGCAGAUGGAACAUGGAGUGGGAUCCAGCCUCGGUGUAUCGAAUCAACACGAACAUCUUGUGACAAUCCAGGAGUUCCACGACAUGGAUUCCAGAAUAAAACUUCUGGAUAUCAGAUUGGGAGCAUGGUCCAGUUUUACUGUGAAAAGGGGCACCUUCUCCAAGGUUCAACAACAAGAGUCUGCUUACAAGAUCUCACCUGGAGUGGAGUUCAGCCGGAAUGCAUAUCUCACAUGUGUAAGCAGCCUGAGAGCCCCCCACAUGUGACGGUGGUCGGGAUGGACCUCCCAUCGCUUGGAUAUACGCUGCUUUACACUUGCCAGCCUGGCUUUUUCCUAUCAGGAGGAUCGGAGCAUAGAGUCUGUAAAUCAGAUGGCACAUGGAGUGGAAAAAUGCCAGUAUGUCAAGAAGGAUCCAAAAGGUCUGAGAAAACAAGUAAGGCUGUCCCAGGAACUCCGAGCCCCAAGCUAAACGUUCCUGAUGACGUCUUUGCUCCUAAUUACAUCUGGAAAGGCUCAUACAACUACAAGGGGAAGAAACAACCAAUGACCUUAACGAUUACAAGCUUUAAUACGACCACGUCUAGAGUGAAUGCCACCCUGGCGAACAGUCACAUGGAACUGCUGCUUUCAGGAGUUUAUAAAAGCCAAGAGUCCCGGCUAAUGUUAUUUAUGUAUCACCUGAAAUCAUCGACACACUCCUUAGGAAGCAAGUUGCAAGACGACAAAUGGUCCAUGGAUGGCUUUGUUUCUCCUGAACCAGAUGGAGCAACAUACGUCUUCCAAGGAUUUAUACAAGGAAAAGACUACGGCCAGUUUGGACUUCAGAGAUUAGGUUUGAACAUGUCGGAGAACAACAACUCUUCAAAUCAGUCCCAUGGUACAAACAGUAGCUCUGUGGCUAUAGCAAUUCUUGUGCCUUUUUUUGCGCUGAUCUUUGCAGGCUUCGGAUUUUAUCUUUAUAAGCAGAGGACUACACCCAAAACACAAUACACUGGCUGUUCGGUACAUGAAAACAACAACGGCCAAGCUGCCUUUGAAAACCCAAUGUAUGACACAAAUGCAAAAUCGGUGGAAGGCAAGGCGGUCCGAUUUGAUCCCAACCUUAACACGGUCUGCACAAUGGUAUAAUGACGCCGGUGUCACAGACAGAAUCGCAAAAAUGGGUUGAAUGGCUGGAUAUUGGGAAAGUUCAAGUCAAUAUGGUGCACAUCCUCGACUCUAUUUAAAGCACACGUUUCAGGAACCCGUUGGUCACGUGCGUCUGGAAGAGGAAAUCCAAGAGUUUUGGGAAACUGAGUUGCAAAUUAUCGUCAUGAUGUCUGUGGAACGUUCCACAGCAACCUUAUCUGCACUCUGCGAGUGCUUAUUCAUGAUUUAUUUUGUCUUUUUUAAAAGUAAAAGAAUCUGUAAAUCUAUUUGCAUAUAUUUGAGGAGCCUUCACCACCUAUAUUUUUGUGCUAUAUUAUACCACAUGGGCUGGGGUUUGGGUAUGAAUAUUAUAAGAGAGUUUAUUAAUGAAAGUAUUUGAAAAUCACUGCUCAAUCAGCUAUUACAGUACAACUGAUGCACAAGGUAGCCGAAAAUUUAAACUUCAUGACUAUCUCAUUUAUUAAAGAUUUGUUUACCCCAAAGUUUAGCAUAUUAAACAGAUUUUUGUUUUCGUUUCGAAUUCAGUGCAUGUCAUUUAUCGUACAUCCUUGCUAACGAUUGUAUGGUACAGAACUGACACCAAGGACUCACGCUUUAUGUUUUAGAGUUACGACCGUCAGCUUGAAACAUUUGACAGCAUAAUGAAAAAUCUGGUCCUAGUAGAGAAUUUGCCUUUCAUACACCUUUAUUUAUACAUUGAUUUUCAUUUUGUUUAUGAAUUGUUUUUUUCAUUGUAAGGAUCAAAGCCAGAUAUCGUUCGUUUAAUUUUUUGAUAGUCUAAAGAUAAUUAUUUUUUAGCUUUCUGCAGCAUCUUUUUCACUGGACUAUCAGAAUUUGUCUUUUUUGAAACAAACGUUGAUAAUUAAUGGGGUGACAUUGUAAUAUUCAAAAAUGGAUACCAAAAAUAACGGAAGAAAUAGAUCCACCGUUUUACCGAAUAGGGUCGUACAAAUUUCUACUGCAUCACCCGAUUUAGACGAGAUUAGUUUUACACCAGGAUGGUGAGGUGAAGUGAUUCUUACGGGAGGACCUUUGUCAUUUUCCUCCUAUUGGGCAUCGCACGACUGCUCGUUCGAGUCUCAGUAAGGAUUACAGAGCCUUUUAGGGUCUAUAAAACAUCCGUUUAAAAAAAAAA